GAGAGGGAGAAGAGAGAAGGAAGAGAGAGAAGGACAAGAGGGGAGGAGAGAGAGAGAGAGAGAUUGAGAAAGGGGAGGAGGUUAUGCUGAGAAAACAGGCAGGGAGACAGGCUGGCUGGGGGAGGGAGAGAAGCUAAAGCUAAGCAGGAGACAGCAGAGCAAAGCUUGACGCAGCAGCAACAGCAUCACAGACAGGGAUCUCUCUCUCUCUCUCUCUCUCUCUCUCUCUCUCUCUCUCUCUCUCUCUCUCUCUCUCUCUCUCCCCUCCCCCACCCUCUCUCCUCUCUCUUUCCGGGUUCAUCCCCAGAACCCUCUCCACCACCCCCCACCCUCUCUUUCUCCUUGCCAGUGUGUGUGUGUUUCGGUGACGGCGUCACCAACCCGGGUUCUCUUUGGCGAGAGGAGAGAAGGAAGGGACUGGGAGCCAGGGGGGUGGAGGCGGGGGAAGCAGGGCGGGCGGGAGGGAAUCACCAGCCAUCGCUCUCACUACCAGCAUGUCUGGCCAGUGGCAGCCUCUCCCGCCGCCGCUGCCGCCGCCGCCGCCUCCCCGGAGCUGAUCGCUGCCCCAUCCUCCCGCCGCUGUCGCUGCCGCUGCCGCUGCUGCUCCGCGGGCAGCCCGCGUGGGUGUCUCCCGGAGGUUUCCCGCUCCCCGGGGCCGCGGUGUAUGUUUGCCCCCUGCCACUGUGUGCAGGGAGGCAGAAGGACGAUGAAAAUGAUCCGCUUUCGGAGCUCAAGCAUCAAAUCGCUCAGCCAGGAGAUGAAAUGUACCAUCCGGCUGUUGGACGAUUCCGAAAUCUCCUGCCAGAUCCAGAGGGAGACCAAAGGUCAAUUUCUCAUUGACCAUAUCUGCAACUAUUACAGUUUGCUGGAGAAGGAUUAUUUUGGCAUUCGCUAUGUGGACCCAGAAAAGCAACGGCACUGGCUAGAACCCAACAAGUCAAUCGCCAAGCAAAUGAAAUCUCAUCCACCAUAUACCAUGUGCUUUAGAGUGAAAUUCUACCCACACGAACCUUUGAAGAUUAAAGAAGAGCUCACCAGGUACCUUUUAUAUUUGCAAAUUAAAAGAGACAUUUUCCAUGGCCGUCUGCUAUGCUCCUUUACAGAUGCUGCCUACCUAGGAGCCUGUAUUGUUCAAGGUAAGUGUAUGAACCAUAGUGUGGUUGAAAAAGUCAUUCAUGCUCCCUUGCCUACCUCUCCCUCCCCACCAUAUCUGUUGUCAGUUCAGAAAAGAGCACAAGGCUGGAGAGUUCUUUUUCCCAGAAUUCAUUCAGUAGCCCUUACAGUCCUUCUACAGUUCCGAGAUACAUCUUUAGAGAUCAGAGAAACAAAAAGCAUAACCUUGGGUAUUCAGAGGCUCACAGUUUACUGCAGGGGCCAGAGUCCUCCAGUCGCUGAAUUUAAUUUACUACUGAAAGCACAUACUUUGGAAACCUAUGGGGUGGAUCCUCAUCCCUGCAAGGAUUCAACAGGGACGACGACAUUUUUAGGAUUCACUGCUUCAGGGUUUGUCGUAUUCCAGGGAAAUAAAAGAAUCCACUUGUUAAAAUGGUCGGAUGUCUGCAAAUUGAAGUAUGAAGGGAAGACAUUCUAUGCGCUUGGCUCUCAGAAAGAGAAAAAGGCCAUGUUGGCAUUUCACACCUCAACCCCAGCUGCUUGCAAGCACCUCUGGAAGUGUGGCGUGGAGAAUCAGGCCUUCUACAAGUAUGCAAAAUCCAGUCAGAUCAAGACGGUGUCAAGCAGCAAAAUAUUUUUUAAAGGCAGUAGAUUUCGAUAUAGUGGCAGAGUUGCCAAAGAAGUGGUCGAGGCAAGUUCCAAAAUCCAGAGGGACCCUCCUGAGGUGCACAGAGCCAACAUUACCCAGAGCAAGAGUUCCCACUCCUUGAAUAAGCAGCUCAUAAUCAACAUGGAACCCUUGCAGCCACUUUUGCCUUCUCCCAGUGAACAGGAAGAGGAGGUUCAUUUGGAUGGUGGUAUUCCGUUGCUGAGAGAAGAUGACCGCACAGCCCCUGUGAUAUCUAGCUCACCAAUAAAGAACCUCAGAGAAUAUGGGGACUUCUCAAGGGAGCACGAAGAGAAAAUCAAAGAGGAACCUUUGGCCAUCUCAGAGCUGGUCUACAACCCCAGCACCAGCCUGCUUCCCACUCCAGUGGAUGAGGACGAGAUUGACAUGCUCUUUGACUGUCCUUCCAGGCUUGAACUGGAAAGAGAAGACACGGAUUCGUUUGAGGACCUAGAAGCAGAUGAAAACGCUUUUUUGAUGGCCGAGGAAGAAGAACUGAAGGAAGCCCGAAGAGCUCUGACGUGGAGCUAUGACAUUUUGACAGGCAACAUCCAGGUGAACCCAUUUGUCAAGAGUUUCUCCAGGCUCCUCGUUGUGGGUCUGGGACUGUUACUCUUUGUGUUCCCUCUCCUCCUCGUCCUUUUGGAGUCAGGCAUCGAUCUGUCCUUUCUUUGUGAAAUUCGUCAGACACCAGAAUUCGAGCAGUUCCACUAUGAAUAUUACUGUCCUCUCAAGGAGUGGGUAGCAAGAAAAAUAAACUUCAUCCUCUACUUGUUGGGUUGCUCAUAAAAUUACCAUAUUAUGUGACUAAGGGCUAUAUUCAAUACUAGCGAUUUUUUUUUAAGCAAUUGCCUGGUUUUUAGAAGGGUCAUGGGGCCAUCAGCAGGUAGUUCUUUUCAUUCUUCUUCCAUAUAUAACAGACUGUUCAACUCCUUAAGUUAGCUUUUCAUAAUUCAAUACACUUAAAUAAGUGAAAAAUCAAAUAAAACAUUAUUUUAAUUAUAGGCCAGAGUGAUGGCCCUAUUUAAGUAACCAAAAAGAUAUUUAUUUUUAUUGCAUUGUAGACUUACUUGCUUACCUGCUGUACCAUAUAACAUGAUGCAGAGCUAACUUUUUGCUUCCCUUUUUUUUUUUUUAAGUUUGGAGCAUUAUAAGCUGUAAGGUUCAGAACCUGAAUUUUAGUAAAAUUGGAGGAAAGCGUUUUUGAAUAUACUCCUUAGUGCAACAAUCUCUUCUAACCAAUGCCUAUACAAGCAAAGUUUAUGCUGGGUUUUUGUUGUUUUUUUUAAAAAUAUUUUUAUGUGUUCAAAAUAUUUUGGUAAAUUUUUAGCAAAAGAAGUCUUCUGAAGUUAUUACGUGUACAGAUUGUAAGCUUAAUGCACAAAUGGCACAUGGGAAAUUUUUUUAAUGUUUUGGCAGUGAUUUGUUUUUAAAAAAAAUAUUUUUGGCUGGACAAUUCUGUAAUUUGUUAUACCUGCAUAUGAGAUAGCAGACUGUUAGGAAAAUGAUAGAAGAAGUUCAGGAAACAGAAGAUAGAACGGGGUAUUUUGUAUCUUAAAAAAAACACGACGAUAUUACCCAUGAAACGUGACAAAAAUUGCUCUGGUAAUCUAUUUCUGAAUAUCUUCCUUCUAAAGUGUAGGGAGACAAUAUCCUUGUCCAGUCACCUUCACCUGCAUCCUGUUAUCUUCUAUCUCAACUGAUGCAGCAGAAAGUCAUUGGAAGAGAGUGAAAGUGAAUCCUAAGAGGGCAUUGGGUCCCCAUGCUAAUUGUACAUUAUGUACAUAACGAGAGAAAGAGAAGGAAAAGAAAAAAGUAAAUAAAUAGAAGCACUUCUAGCCAGGAUGGGGAGUUGAGGGGUGGUAGUUUAACUGUAAGAAAGCCUUGGGAGAUAUGGAUUAUAUGAUGAUUUGAAAUAAUGAAGUGUGGAAUCCGGGUGGAUAGAAAUGUGUAUUAUUACAAAAUAUGUUCAGGAAAAAAAAAAGGAAGAAAUGUCAAGGCAAGGAUCUUGUUCCCUCAAUCUAUUCAUCAUGGUUCUGUGAAACUAAUUCCGGCAGUGAUUGGGUAGGAGAGGGUGUGUGUACGAGUGUGAGUGUGUGAGAGAGAGAGGCAGAGAUAGAGACUUUCUACAUGUGAUAGUGUCCCCAUAUAGGAUUUAAUCCAAUUUGCAACACCAUUUACCCACCCCGAGCACUAAUUCUGACUUUCAAGCUUCCUUGUAGACAGACAGGGCUCACAGGGAGGAUGUGGAAAAUUUGUUAUGCAUCUAGUAGCAUUCCUUUUUUUUUUUUAAGUGCAGCAUCUUUUAGAAGAAAAUGUUCCUAUGGCCCCAUAGGAACUUUUCUCCUAUGUAAGGGAGAAAAAAUGAUUUAGUACCCUUCUUUUAGUAUUUAAACCAUGGCUGUGGAGCUUGUUAUCUUACCAGAGAAAGACUAUGUCCCUAUUAGAAGGACCACAGCCUUCACAGGUAAAUGACACAAAAUAAUCAUGUUUGGUUUAUAAUAAUCCCUCUUCCCUCCUUAAUCUCACUACUCCCCCCUUCCCAAUCUUGGAGCUUUUUCUAUAAUGUGAACCUCAUUUAAAAAGAGGUUGGUUAACCUAUGGACUCUUUGAAACUCUGUUGACCCUUUAAAAAUGCCGUGAGCACAUUUUUCAAAAUUGCUCUGUAAUUUCUUAUCUAGGCAUAUAUACAGAUAUAUAGAUAUAGAUGCCUGGUUUUUGGUGCUAAGAGCCCCAAAUUGAAGGCUCUGGAUGCCUCAUUUAGAUAUCUGAUUUUGCAAAUUGGAUUUGAAAGGUAGCUUAUGAAGCCUUUCUCUACUUGGGUCUGAAAUCAUUUAAAUAAUUUCAAUUAAAUUAGCUAUAUUAGAAUUUAUAAUCUUAAAUUUCAGUGCUACUCUUCAUAUGGUUUCAGUAAUUUAUUAUACCUUCUAUUAAUAUAGACAAAUCCAAUAAUAUGAUGUACCUUAAUUCUCUGGUCCUCCAACUUUUCUCCAUUUGCUGUCUUAAAGAGUUUCACAAGUGAAGAACUUGGGAAGUAACGUUUCAUUAAUUUAUUUGAUUUCUUCCAAUUUUUUCAUAUUGCUUCAUAUUGUAAAGCUAUUUGUGAAUCUCUGAAAUGGUUAUGCUCUAGUGAAAUCUACUAAACUAUUUUUCCUUCUUAAGAUGAAUUAACCUCUUUCCCCACCACACUAUUAUUUAAUAUCUUACAUCCUGUUCCUCAAUGUAUUGAUCAAUGUUAGGAAGAGGUGUUUUAAAUAGUAACAAAUCCAGCUUAAAAAAAAAAUCCAGCUAAACAUCCCCCUUUUCUUGGAUAGAAUCCCACCGUGAACAGAAAUGUUUGUGAAUAGACAGAUUGGCUGAAAUAUUAAGACUCUGAUGAGUUUCUAAAAUUAGAACAAAAGCUCGGACUGGGAUUCUUGAAUGUAAAACUUCAGCGUUGCAUUAUAGAGCUUUGGAGAUAAUAUGAGGUUUUUGGGGGAAAUUUUUGCCAUCCAUUGGCUGACCAAAUAAGGACAAGAUGACUUCUGGAAAUGAACAGUACAAGAUAUGGUAAGAGAUGAAAAGGAAGUGUGUGAGUAUGUGUAUAUACCAUGUUUUCCGUCUGUGUGUGUUUACAUAUACAUGUCUUUAUCUAUAUGUAUAUUUAUACACACAGUAAUGAUAUGUAUUUCACAUACAUACUGGGUCCCAUUUUACCUUGCAUGGGCAUCACUGGUAUUCAUUCGCUUUUCCCUGCAGAUGUUGUGGUGAGUUAAACUCACAGAGUAUUUAAUUGUUGGUGAUAACAAUUGUGUGUACAUCAAUGGAUAUAGAUCGCACAAUGAGAUAUAUACAUAAACACACACAGACUAUUGGCUUCAGUGCUCAUGAAAGUCGGAUCAUAAAGAAUUUGUAGGUUGUGUUGUGUAUUCCUGUCUGUGCUUUGAACUAUCUUGUAAAAUGUUAUGUAUUGGGGAUAUAUUUUGUGGUUUGUCUGAUAUUUAUAAACACCGCUCUGGGAAGAAUAAAAUAUGGAUUGUUGAUUAUUUAAUUGAAUCACUAAAGAUCUGGGGGGACAAAUACCUGUGAUUCGAGCCUUAUCUUUGUACAGUGAAUUUCACAUUUCUGUGUCAACACGGAGAUUGUUUUGUAUGUCAAUAUGGUGGCAGGAUUCCCUAAUAAAACUACUCUGGGAAGAAAUGAACAAAA